CACUGACUGACAACAGCGACCACUCCCUCCCGCCGUCCACGAGGCAGUGAUCUCGCUCUGUGUACGAUUUCCUCGAGUGAACGGACUCCUGGACAUUCGUCGAACUGUUAUCCUGUAUACACAAAUGGAUUUUGGCCAAAUGACCCGACGUGCCCAGAGGCCAAAGCAAACGCCCGCCAUGGACGAGCAGGAGACAGUCAUCUGUUCGACUAAAAUCUAUAGAGAACCGGGAGAUUGCAGAACACCUCUUGUGCAAUUGACGUGCAGAGGAAAGACUGUCACCUUCUUGGUGGACACCGGGUGCUAUAAGAGCUCGCUGACCUCGAGGCAAAAGGCGAUCCUGGGGUACGACGACGAGAUGUGGAAAAAGGAUGAGUUUCAG